AUGUUCAGAAACAACUACGACAAUGAUGCGGUCACCUUCUCGCCGCAAGGCCGGAUAUUCCAAGUUGAAUACGCACAAGAAGCAGUCAAGCAAGGCUCAGUUGUGGUGGGGCUUGUCAACAAGACACAUGUUGUCCUGGUCGGCUUAAAGCGAAACGCCGAAGAGCUGUCGUCGUAUCAGAGAAAGAUCAUCGAAAUCGACUCGCACAUGGGCGUUGCUAUCGCCGGUUUGGCAUCGGAUGCCCGUGUGCUUUCCAACUUCAUGAAGCAGCAGUCGCUCGGCUCUCGAAUGACCUACGGCCGUCCUAUCCCCGUUGAGCGGAUCGUUUCUCAGAUCAGUGACCGUGCCCAGCUUAACACCCAGCAAUACGGAAGACGGCCAUAUGGCGUGGGGUUGCUCGUUGCCGGUGUUGACGAAUCGGGGCCCCAUCUGUUCGACUUCCAGCCUUCGGGAAUGACAUACGAAAUGUCUGCUUGUGCCAUCGGAGCCCGGUCGCAGAUGGCCCGGACGUACUUGGAGCGGAAUCUGGACAAGUUCGCUGACAGCAGUCGGGACGAGCUGAUUACACAUGGUCUGCGGGCCUUGAAAGAGACUCUUUCUCAGGACAAGGAGCUUACUGUUGACAACACUUCGGUUGGUGUGGUUGGGUUGGCCCCCGAGGGUUCCAAGGGCCGGAUCGAGAGCUUUAAGCUAUACGAUGGUCAGAUUAUCGCACCACUGCUGGAAGCUCUGGAGCAGACGGAGUCUGGGGAGACUAGAGAGGGGGAGAUGGAGGUGGAUUCAUAG